AGCUCUGACUUCCGGCGGCUUUUUGAGGCGGUCCUUCUAGCGGCCUCAUAGUGUUUUUGUUGCCUUUUCUUACCCUACAAUAGCUUCGUUGUCUUUCUUCCUACGACCAAGUUUCGCUUUACCCUGGCGAGGCGGCGGGCGGGUUCUGCUUCUCAGCCGUCCCGGGGACCCCUCGCUGGCGGAGGGCCGGUUCCCGGGAACCGCACGCGCACCGCUUUCUCCUCGUCCUCCUCCUGGUUCCAGGCGCGGGGACAGAGAGUCGCCUCCCCCGCUCCUCGGAGCGGCGGCGGCGGUGCUGCCUCCGGACUGCACUUGCGAAGAGAGCUUGGGGAGGAGCGAUAACGAUUUCGGUCCUGGGAAUUGAGUGGUACUUUAUCUUCACGUGCUGUAGUAGUACAAAAUGUCAAAAAUUAGAAGGAAGGUCACAGUGGAAAAUACCAAGACCAUAUCUGAUAGCACAUCCCGAAGACCCAGUGUGUUUGAGAGGCUUGGACCCAGCACUGGCAGUACACCAGAGACACAGUGCCGUAACUGGCUGAAGACUGGCAGCUGCCUCUAUGGAAACACAUGUAGAUUCAUACAUGGCCCUUCACCUCGCGGUAAAGGUUAUAGCAGCAAUUAUAGAAGGUCACCAGAAAGACCUACAGGGGAUCUUAGAGAAAGAAUGAAGAACAAGCGCCAAGACGUGGACACUGAGUCCCAGAAACGAAAUACAGAGGAGUCAUCCUCGCCUGUUAGGAAAGAAUCUUCAAGAGGGAGACAUAGGGAAAAGGAAGACAUAAAAAUCACUAAGGAGAGAACUCCAGAAAGUGAAGAAGAAAAUGUAGAAUGGGAAACUAAUAGAGAUGAGGAAUGCACAGUUCAUGUGUACAACUCAGUGGAUUUUCACAAACUGAACACAUGUAGAAACAUCACCCAAAUCAAUUCUGACAAUGGAGAUAUUAAUUAUGAUUAUGUUCAUGAAUUGUCAUUGGAAAUGAAACGUCAGAAGAUACAGAGGGAAUUAAUGAAGCUGGAGCAAGAAAACAUGGAGAAGAGAGAAGAGAUUAUCAUUAAAAAGGAGGUUUCACCAGAAGUGGUUAGAUCAAAAUUGUCCCCAUCACCUUCUCUAAGAAAGUCUAGCAAAUCUCCAAAGCGGAAGUCAAGCCCGAAGUCAUCUUCAGCCAGCAAGAAAGACAGGAAGACAUCUGCAGUACCUUCUCCCCUGUUGGACCAGCAGAGAAAUUCAAAAAGCAACCAAAGUAAAAAGAAAGGACCACGUACUCCUAGUCCACCCCCUCCUGUACCAGAAGAUAUUGCUCUGGGGAAAAAAUACAAAGAAAAAUAUAAAGUAAAAGACAGGAUAGAAGAAAAACCAAGAGAUGGAAAAGACAGAGGACGAGAUUUUGAAAGACAAAGAGAAAAAAGAGACAAGCCACGGUCUACUUCCCCAGCAGGACAGCAUCAUUCUCCUAUAUCUUCUAGACAUCACUCAUCUUCCUCACAAUCGGGAUCAUCUAUUCAAAGACAUUCUCCUUCUCCUCGUCGAAAAAGAACUCCUUCACCAUCUUAUCAGCGGACACUAACUCCACCUUUACGACGCUCUGCCUCUCCUUAUCCUUCACAUUCUUUGUCUUCUCCUCAGAGAAAGCAGAGUCCUCCAAGACAUCGCUCUCCAAUGCGAGAGAAAGGGAGACAUGAUCAUGAACGAACUUCACAGUCUCAUGAUCGACGUCAUGAGAGGAGGGAAGAGACUAGGGGCAAACGAGACAGAGAAAAGGACUCAAGAGAAGAACGAGAGUAUGAACAGGAUCAGAGCUCCUCUAGAGACCACAGAGAUGACAGAGAACCUCGAGAUGGUCGGGAUCGGAGAGAUGCCAGAGAUACUAGGGAGCGAAGGGAACUAAGAGACUCCAGAGACAUUCGGGAUUCAAGGGAGAUGAGGGAUUAUAGCAGAGAUGCCAAAGAGAACCGUGAUCCCAGAGAUUCUCGGUCCACUCGUGAUGCCCACGACUACAGGGACCGUGAAGGUCGAGACACUCAUCGAAAGGAGGAGACAUACCCAGAAGAAUCCCGGAGUUAUGGCCGAAACCAUUUGAGAGAAGAAAGUUCUCGUAAUGAAAUAAGGAAUGAGUCCAGAAAUGAGUCUCGAAGUGAAAUUAGGAAUGACCGAAUGGGCAGAAGUAGGGGGAGAGUUCCUGAGUUACCUGAGAAGGGAAGUCGAGGCUCAAGAGGUUCUCAAAUUGAUAGUCACAGUAGUAAUAGCAACUAUCAUGACAGCUGGGAAACUCGAAGUAGCUAUCCUGAAAGAGACAGAUAUCCCGAAAGAGACAACAGAGAUCAAGCAAGGGAUUCUUCUUUUGAGAGAAGACAUGGAGAGCGAGACCGUCGUGACAACAGAGAAAGAGCUCCUAUGUUCUACACCUCCUGCUGCCCCUAUCCUUUGCCACCAGUGUUCUCAGGUCCUGCUGGGGGGACAGAGAAGAUCAGAGAUCAAAGACCAAGCUCACCAAUUCGACAUCAGGGAAGGAAUGACGAGCUUGAGCGUGAUGAAAGAAGAGAGGAACGAAGAGUAGACAGAGUGGAUGACAGAAGAGAUGAAAGGGCUAGAGAGAGAGAUCGGGAACGAGAACGAGACAGGGAGCGGGAGAGAGAGAGGGAACGUGAACGGGAUCGGGAAAGAGAAAAAGAGAGAGAACUAGAAAGAGAGCGUGCUAGGGAACGGGAGAGAGAAAGAGAAAAAGAGAGAGAUCGUGAAAGGGAUAGAGACCGAGACCAUGAUCGAGAGCGGGAAAGAGAGAGGGAGCGAGACAGAGAAAAAGAACGGGAGCGAGAAAGAGAAGAAAGAGAGAGGGAGAGAGAGCGAGAACGGGAGAGAGAGCGAGAGCGAGAACGGGAACGAGAAAGAGCUAGAGAAAGGGAUAAAGAACGAGAGCGCCAGAGGGACUGGGAAGACAAAGACAAAGGACGAGAUGACCGCAGGGAAAAGCGAGAGGAGAUCCGAGAAGACAGGAAUCCAAGAGACGGACACGAUGAAAGGAAAUCAAAGAAGCGCUAUAGAAAUGAAGGGAGUCCCAGCCCUAGACAGUCCCCAAAACGCCGCCGUGAACACUCUCCGGACAGCGAUGCCUACAACAGCGGAGAUGAUAAAAAUGACAAACAUAGACUCUUGAGUCAAGUUGUACGGCCUCAAGAAUCUCGUUCUCUUAGUCCCUCGCACCUCACAGAAGACAGACAGGGUAGAUGGAAAGAGGAGGAUCGUAAACCAGAAAGGAAAGAGAGUUCAAGGCGCUAUGAAGAACAGGAAGUCAAGGAAAAAGUUUCUUCCAUAGAUAAACAGAGAGAACAGGCAGAAAUCCUGGAAAACUCAAGAAUGCGUGCACAGGACAUUAUAGGACAUCACCAGUCUGAAGAUCGAGAGACAUCUGAUCGAGCUCAUGAUGAAAACAAGAAGAAAGCAAAAAUUCAAAAGAAACCGAUUAAGAAAAAGAAAGAGGAUGAUAUUGGAAUAGAGAGGGGUAACAUAGAGACAACAUCUGAAGAGGGUCACGUAUUUUCACCCAAAAAAGGACAGAAAAAGAAAAGCAUUGAAAAAAAACGUAAAAAAUCCAAAGGUGAUUCUGAUAUUUCUGAUGAAGAAGCAGCCCAGCAAAGUAAGAAGAAAAGAGGCCCACGGACUCCCCCUAUAACAACUAAAGAGGAAUUGGUUGAAAUUUGCAAUGGUAAGAAUGGUAUUCUAGAGGACCCUCAGAAAAAAGAAGAUACAGCAUUCAGUGACUGGUCUGAUGAGGAUGUGCCUGACCGUACAGAGGUGACAGAAGAGCAUGCUGCCACCGCAGCUACUCCUGGUAGUACCCCUUCUCCUCUGUCUUCUCUUCUUCCUCCUCCACCACCUGUGGCUACCGCCACUACUGCAACUGCGCCUGCAACUCUUGCCACGACUGCUGCUGCCGCCACCUCCUUCAGUACCUCUGCCAUCACCAUUUCCACCUCUGCCAUCCCCCCCAAUACCACCAAUAAUACUUUUGCCAAUGAAGACUCACACAGAAAAUGCCACAGAACACGAGUGGAAAAAGUAGAGGCACCUCACGUGACUAUAGAAGAUGCAUCGCAUCGCAAGCCUGUGGAUCAAAAGCGGAGCAGCAGCCUCGGGAGCAAUCGGAGUAAUCGUAGUCAUACGUCUGGUCGUCUGCGCUCCCCAUCCAAUGAUUCUGCCCAUCGAAGUGGAGAUGAUCAAAGUGGUCGAAAGAGAGUCCUGCACAGUGGCUCAAGAGAUAGAGAAAAAACCAAAAGCCUGGAAAUCACAGGAGAGAGAAAAUCUAGGAUUGAUCAGUUAAAGCGUGGAGAACCCAGUCGAAGUACUUCUUCAGAUCGCCAGGAUUCAAGAAGUCAUAGUUCAAGAAGAAGUUCUCCAGAGUCAGAUCGACAGGUCCAUUCAAGAUCUGGGUCAUUUGAUAGCAGAGACAGGCUUCAAGAACGAGAUCGAUAUGAACAUGAUAGAGAGCGGGAGAGAGAGAGGAGAGAUACGAGGCAGAGAGAAUGGGACCGAGAUGCCGAUAAAGAUUGGCCACGCAACAGGGAUCGAGAUAGAUUGCGAGAACGAGAACGAGAGAGAGAACGAGACAAAAGGAGAGACUUGGAUAGGGAGAGAGAGAGACUGGUUUCUGAUUCCGUUGAAAGAGACAGGGACAGAGACAGAGACAGAACUUUCGAGAGUUCUCAGAUAGAGUCUGUGAAACGCUGUGAAGCAAAACUGGAAGCUGAACAUGAAAGGGAUCUAGAAGGCACUUGCCGAGACUCUGUAGCCUUGGAUAAAGAGAGAAUGGAUAAAGAUCUGGGAUCUGUGCAGGGAUUUGAAGAUAUAAAUAAAUCCGAGAGAACUGAGAGCCUGGAAGCAGGAGAUGAUGAGUCCAAGUUAGAUGAUGCACAUUCAUUAGGCUCUGGUGCUGGAGAAGGAUACGAGCCAAUCAGUGAUGAUGAGCUAGAUGAAAUUCUGGCAGGUGAUGCAGAAAAGAGGGAGGACCAACAGGAUGAGGAGAAGAUGCCAGAUCCCUUGGAUGUGAUAGACGUGGACUGGUCUGGUCUUAUGCCAAAGCAUCCAAAAGAACCACGGGAGCCUGGGGCUGCACUCUUAAAAUUCACACCUGGAGCUGUUAUGCUAAGAGUUGGGAUUUCUAAAAAGUUAGCAGGUUCUGAACUCUUUGCCAAAGUCAAAGAAACAUGCCAGAGACUUUUAGAAAAACCCAAAGAUGGAGACAGUCUCUUUGAACAUGAAUUGGGGGCUCUCAAUAUGGCUGCAUUACUACGAAAAGAAGAAAGAGCAAGUCUUCUUAGUAAUCUCGGACCAUGUUGUAAGGCAUUAUGCUUCAGACGGGAUUCUGCAAUUCGAAAGCAGCUUGUUAAAAAUGAGAAGGGCACAGUAAAACAAGCAUACACGAAUGCUCCAGUGGUAGACAAUGAAUUAUUACGACUGAGUCUUCGGUUAUUUAAGCGGAAGACUACUUGCCAUGCCCCAGGACAUGAAAAGACUGAAGAUAACAAACUCUCACAGUCCAGUAUCCAGCAGGAACUGUGUGUGUCUUAAGACUGAAGCUCAGUAUGGUAUUUCUGUUACUGUCUUCCGUCAGCAAAGUUAUUUGGUUUGACAAGCGUCAUUAGUGACACAGGCAGAAAAGAUUUAUCAGCCACGCUAAAAGAGUGAAGAAUUUUGAUCUUUAGAGACACUGGUUUUGGCUAACUUGAGAUUUUACAUUAAUUUUUACAUAGUCCUUGACACUCAUGCAAAAUAAUGUGAAAACAUCUAGAUUUAAUAGUUUAUUCUGCGCCUUUUGUUAAAACUGAAGAUUUUGGAAAACGGUUGUCACUGCUCUUCCAGCCUACGAAUAUUUUUGUGAAAUUGAACCGGUGAUUUAUGCUGGAUCAUCCAUACAGAAGCAACAAUUUUAUUCAAAAACAGUGUGUUCAUCAAAGGAGUUGCUCACAUGGUGCAACACCGCGCUGUGCAGACCGUGGGAAAGGGAAUGCUGGUACAGCUAGCCUGGUGUGUUUCUAGGGGAAUCUCUAGCAGAAAGGAGCCAAAAUAGUUUUUUCCCUUUGAAAGUCUUUUAAAAAUUAUUUCAUGGGUCUUUUUUUUAAAAAACAUUGAUAUGUGUGCAUUGUUACAAUGUAUGUUAGAUGUCUUUUGACUCUAAAUGCUUUUUUUGUUGUCAGAGAGUGUGUACUAUUUUUAUUUUUAAUAAACGUAACUUCCCUUUCCUUGUUUUAGAUUUUACUUUGCUCUUCAUUAAUCUUGUUCCUGAUGUUCUCAAACAUUAGUGACCAACAUUACAGUUUCAUACUUCAGAUGUUUUACUGCUUGUGUCCUUAUUGUUGGAUUACUUUAAACAGAGUUGAUGUACUUCAAAUAUAGCUCAUUAAUACUUAAGGCAUCUUGUUAGAAUGUGGCUUUUGAAGAAAAAAAAAUACUCAAAGCAAACCGAGAGUUAACAAAUCUAACGUAACCUGAGGUUUAAUAGUCUACUAUCAUAUUUGUUAGAGCUAUAAUUUUUGAUUAUAUUAAACUGCCUCCAGCUGUACUAUGUAAAGCAGAUUUACUUUUAAAAAUUACAGUGUGUAAUUUGUUCUGUAUGUAUAUGUUUAACUCAUGAAGUGGACUCUUAGAAGGAUUUGAAAUGGACUCUGGCCACAGAAAUUGUGGGCAGACAGUAGUAGUGAUAAUAAUAAAAGAAGCCAAUCAAAAUUCAAAUUUA